UCGUUCCUGACGCGUGGACCUUACGGGGCGACGGUCUCGCUUGUCGCGCUCAGACAGGAGCAGACACGGCGCUAUGCAGCGUGGGGAGGAGGUCGCGUCCCUGCUCGGCCAUCGGGGCGAGUUCAUUACUCAGGUUGAGUUCUCACCGCGAAGAAAGUCCGAAAUUUUCCUUUGGCAGUCCAAGAUUUCGCUACAUCGGAAAGCAACGAAACACGCGAAAGACUGUUCACUUUUUUUGGCCGAGUUGGCAUAAACGUUAAGUAUCUUCGCCAAGUGAACUUUUACAAAUUAGGACCUUAAUAGUUUUGUGUUUGUUACCAACCAAUUAACCUUUUAACGAUUGACGUUUACGAACUUUUUCCUUCUAGGCCAAAAAUUUAGAAAAUUAGUUUGGAUCAUUAUUCUCUGUUGAAGCUGCGUAAUUGGAUUUUACCUUAAAAUAGGCAAAUAAUUUCACUACAUCCGAUGCUUUAAUACUGGAUUUCUGACACUGGAUUUUCUUCCCAGGACUUUUACUGAAAUGAAGCUCUUUCAGUCACAUGUGGUUUUUUGGGUUCUGGUAUGGGCAUCGCACGCAUCAGAUUUCAAGUCGUCGGUCGGCGCGCGUCUCAGAAACACACGCAGCCAUGCGGAGUCGCAGUCAAAGACUUUAGCUGGCGGUUACGCGCCCAAUAUUGCGCAAUCCAAAGACAAGGCUGCCGUCAUCUCAGGGAGUUCUUCAUCUCAGGGAACGCUUCAGGUAGACCAAGCCAUGGAUUCCGCAGUGUCCCCUGCGAGGAGAGUUCUGACGGGGCGCAGACCGGUCGCGGCUCGGAAGCCCAGUAACGUCCCCGCUCCAGACGCGAGUCCGCUGUGGCCGCGCGCUCCGAUCUCUUCCACCCGCGUGUCCAACAGCACCAACUCCAUAAGCGUCCUGGCCGGCUUUACGGGCCGGAACCGCGUGCUGGUCAUUUCGGCGCCGGGCGAAUCGGACGGCUACUACAAGCUGAUGCUGAGCUUGCUGAAGCCGAGCGUGUACUGUGAACUGGCCGAGAGGCACGUGCAGCUGCUCCUGAUGUUCCAUGGGCAGCCGGGAGCCAGGGCCACGGUACGGCGCAUCGGCGCCCUCGGCAACGCCACGGACGAGCUGCUGGAGCCGGCCCUGGUGCCCAGGCUGACGAGAUUCCUGCACCUGGAGGAGGGCAAGUUCAGCAUGGUACUGCUCCGGAAGACCCUACAGGUGGAGGAGCGGUACCCAUACCCGGUGCGGCUGGAGGCCGUGUACGAGAUGAUGGACCACACACCCAUGCGCAGGCUGGAGAAGGCCAGGCAGAAGGGCUUUGUGGAGAGGUGUAGGGCAGCAGGAAUCGAGGGCCGGGUAGCACAGCCUGUCGGGCCAGCGCUCCAUGUGCGCUUAGCAACACAGGGGGGUGAAGGACAGGAGGGGGCGGGGCAUGUUCUGGAUCCCACCCGAGGUUCUACAAUGCAGUCCACCAUCACUGCUUCCACCAGGGUGACCACAAGAGAGACAACCACAUCUACAACCACUACAAGACCUGCAACCACAGCAGCUGCGGUCACAACCCGACUCACUGUAGCUCCUGUCUCCUCUGGCCGCUCCCCAGCCAGCCACAGUGCUCCGGUCACCCCAUUGGAACACAGCUACUCACAGACAGCAUCACCCAAGCACAAAGCCUCCAUCUCCUACACCUACCAGCCCACUAUGCAAAGCCGACAGAGGGUCAGCGUGGUAACACAGCCCCAUGUCACCACUAGCUUCAUCACCCAGCACAGAGUCAGACAAAAAGAGUGGAAGAUAUCACCUGGAUCCUCACCACCACAAACCCGCAGAUGGAGGCCUGUCAAGGACAAAUUACCCAAGGGCAAAAACACAGGCAGAGAACCGAUUGAGGAACAUGGGGAGGAGUACGAGGGAGGAAAGCCUACUGUGAAGGAACCAGAGAAGAAUCUUAAGACCACCAAAGAUCAUAAGGAACCGGAGGAGAACCUUAUGUCUGCCAAAGCAGGGAAGGCCUCACCUGGCAAAGCUGAGAGGAGGAAAAAGAUGGAGAAGCCUGAGAAGAAUGCGAAAAAGAGCAAUGUGGAGAAGAAAAAAAAAAUCCUUAAAGAGGCGGAGCCUAGUGUUCGCAACAGAAACAUGGCGAGAAAAGGAACUGGCUUCAACGGAGUUACUGUCAGACCAAUGGAAAAGUCAACUGUCCCCAAGAAAUCGCUAGAAAUAUUCUGGAGUUAUUUUGAGAAAAAAAGACGUCGUCUUCUUGUCAUCACCAGCCCCAGCGAGCACGAUGCCAUGUACGCUCAUCAAAGGAACGAGUGCCUGGCGCAGGUCUGUGACAUGGCCCUGCGCAAAAUCUCCAUCAUUAGCAUCUUCGGCCCCCUGGCCAACAGCACCGUGAAGAUAGACCAUUACCAGAUGGAGCAAGACCAGCCUGUGCAAGUUCUGAGCACCAGCGAACUCAUCAACCAGGAACUCAUCACAGCCUUCCGGAAGGAACUCGGAAUGCUCUCCAACGACUUCUAUAUGGUGCUGACGGACUUUAACAUGAAAGUGAAGCAAGAGUAUGAGGUUCCUAUCAUGAUGAAGGCAGUGUUCGACUACAUCGACACUUUCUCCUCACGCCUCAGAGAGAUGGAGCUGCAACGGAAGCUUGAAAUCGCGUGCAAGAAAGAAGACAAAUCCAGACCGCUAGAGAACUUCCUGUCUAGGUUUCGCUGGAGGCGGAGACUCCUUGUUAUCUCCACCCCUGACCGUGAUGACUGGGCCUAUCAACAACAGCUUCAUGCCCUGAGUUCUCACGCCUGCAAUCUCGGUGUCCGUCACAUGUCCGUAGUGAAGCUAGUGGGGAGGACCGAGGAGGACAUGAUUGGAGUCUUGGAGCUCUACCCAAUCAACGGAAGUGCAGGCAUGGAACGGGAGGACCUAACUUCCUCUCUGGUGCGUGACAUCCGCAACUACUUCCAGGUCAGCGUGGAAUACUUCUCCAUGCUGCUGGUAGGCAAAGAUGGCAACGUGAAGUCCUGGUACCCAUCGCCUGUGUGGUCUAUGGCCAUCAUCUAUGACCUGAUCGAUACCAUGCAGCUCCGGAAGCAGGAGAUGGCCAUCCAGCUCUCUCUCGGCAUGGGCUGCCCCGAGAAUGACUACGACCAGCACAAUGGUCACCAUGACGGCUACGGUUACUAAGGGUUACUUAGGGUUGCUAAGGGUGGGGUUAUGAGAAAGCACCUGUUACUGAUCUGAGUGCCAUGGAGUUGUCUUCUUGUACAAACUUUUGUUUGGAACAAUUGGUAAAGCAACAAUAACAAUAACAACAACAAACAGCUGUGGUUUCUGGUUAAACCAAAUUAUCAAGGUAGUUCUUGCCAUUAAAUAUUGAUAGCAGUAUUAUCAUUUAGCCUGCAGUAUUGUUUAGUCUGUAGUAUUGUUUAGCCUGUGUUGUUGUUUAGCCUGUAGUAUCGUUUACACUGUAGUAUUGUUUAGGCUUUUAGGCUGUAGUAUCGUUUAGCCUGUAGUAUCUUUUGGCCUGUAGUAUCGUUUAGGCUUUUAGCCUGUAGUAUCAUUUAGGCUUUUAGCCUGUAGUAUCAUUUAGGCUUUUAGCCUGUAGUAUUGUUUAGGCUGUAGUAUCGUUUAGGCUGUGGUAUUGUUUAGGCUUUUAGGUUGUAGUAUCGUUUAGCCUGUAGUAUCGUUUAGGUUUUUAGCCUGUAGUAUCGUUUAGGCUUUUAGCCUGUAGUAUCGUUUAGCCUGUAGUAUCCUUUAGGCUUUUAGCCUGUAGUAUCCUUUAGCCUGUAGUAUCCUUUAGCCUGUAGUAUCCUUUAGCCUGUAGUAUCCUUUAGCCUGUAGUAUCGUUUAGGCUAUAGUAUCGUUUAGCCUGUAGUAUCGUUUAGGCUUUUAGCCUGUAGUAUCGUUUAGCCUGUAGUAUCCUUUAGGCUUUUAG